ACCCAAGUUUGAGUUGAGAUAUGAAGCAGGCUAUCUGUACUUGAUGGUUCCUAUAAACAACGUAUCAGCCGUCGCAGGACGACUGCAAAUACGAGGUAGGUCGACUGUCCUCGUUUUGGUACCUAGCUCAUGGUGUGUGCGCUCGUCUACCCACUCGUAUCGACCACAACUACUGCCUGCUCACAGCAGUCUCCUACCGAAAGCGAUUAAAAGAAUUGAUCCGCAGCUGGAAUCUUCUCAACGCUAACAUUUACUGACUGCGUUGAAAAGCGCUCAUAUAUUCGUCAACUACAAAGUAACAUGGAGUCUCUACCCGCAGCGCACGACCUAGCAAGCUCCGGUGCUCGAAUUGCUGUCUUGGGCGCAGGAAGCGUGGGUUCGGCGAUAGCUUUUUCCCUCAUUCUAAAUCCUGUAGCAAGUGAGGUGCUUUUGGUCGAUCCGAAUACCAAAUUGAGGGACGCGCAAGUUAGAGAUCUCGAAGACGCUACCACUUACCAUGGUGCCGUUGGGUUUGGUGGUGUGAGGAUCCGAGCUGCGAGUCACAAAGAGGCAGGGCAAAGCGACAUCGUUAUCAUCAGUGCAGGUGCGAAACAGCGGCCAGGCGAAUCUAGAACCGACUUGUUGGCUCGCAACCUGUCUAUCUUGAAAUCAGCUACCGAUGACAUGAAACCCUUUCGACAGGAUACUGUUAUCCUUCUCGUGGCCAACCCAGUCGACAUAUUGACCUACUUCUGUCAGAAGUACUCAGGUUUACCUCGAGAGCAAGUCAUUGGAAGCGGCACUUUUCUUGACACCGCAAGACUAAGGGGCAUCUUGGGCCAGAAGAUUGGCGUUGAUGCCGGCAGUGUGGAUGCAUAUGUGCUUGGUGAACAUGGCGAAAGCCAGAUGGUUGCUUGGUCUUGCAUAACGAUCGGUGCUGUUCCUCUGGAACAAUGUCUGCCGGCGCAUGUGACCAUUGACCGCAAAGAAAUAGCGGUGCAGACCAAAGACAAGGCGGCGAAGAUCAUUGAAGCGAAAGGGGCAACGUCUUUCGGCAUUGGAGCCCUCGCUGCGGCCAUCUGCAAGUCCAUCAUUUCCGAUCAACGUACCGUGCGUCCAGUGUCCCAUUAUAUCGACACCUUUGGAUGCUGCUUGAGCUUGCCAGUGGUGCUUGGGCGGAGAGGCAUUGUCCGGUCACUCAAUACAAUGCCACUGAAUCAGGAGGAAACAAAUCUAUUGGCCGAGAGCGCUGAAGCAUUGAGACGGCUCAUUGCACAGGCAGAACAACAAGAAGCCCUGCGAUGAGAGCUUUUUGACUGCUAGGUUUUCGUUCUGGACGCAUGCGGUUUCACCGUGUAGAUAUUACAGCGUUGAGUACCUGAUAGAACAUAGACGAAGAAACAGAAAGGUCGGUGAAGGAUUCCGAGUUUUGGUCUCAUUCCCCGCCAAGCUUUUCUUAUGGACGAGGCUGCCACCGGG